GCCAGAACCAGAACCAGAACCAGAACCAGAACCAGGACCAGAACCAGGACUGGGAAUCCUCCUGCUGUCCUUCCAAGUGGAAGAAGUGUCCUGGUGCGCCCCCAGUGGCCAUGAAACCAAACUACCGUUACUCCAGAUAGACGCCUCAUGGAGCAGGUCAAAGGUCAUGGAGGGGGUCGGCCCGUUGCUGCGAUACGUCACAGCGUCCGCCAUAUUGAAUGUGGCAUCUCUGCCAGUAGCUAAUGCAGCAGAAACGUAAAGGGAAAGCGGGGUCAAAGGGUCACCGCUGUCCGCUGUGUAGUAAAACCUUCCAGUCAGCUGAGAGGCUGAAGGCCCACCAGAUCGUCCACAGCGAGGAGAGACCACACAUCUGCGGCGACUGCGGCGCCUCCUUCAAGGUGUUGAACUCCCUGAAGCUCCAUCGGCGGAUUCACACCGGAGAGAAACCGUACAGCUGUGUGGAGUGUGGAGCGUCCUUCUCCGUGUCCAGCAGUCUGAAGAAACACCAGCGGCUCCACACGGGGGAGAAACCCUACAAGUGUGACGAGUGUGAGAAGUGUUUCACUGAGUCCAGCGCCUUGAUAGUCCACAGACGCGCACACACAGGUGAGAAACCGUACCGGUGUGACGUGUGUGGGAAGGGAUAUAAAACAUUGUCUGAGCUGAAACAGCACCGGAUCCAGCACACCGGAGAGAAACCGUUCUGGUGUCAGCAGUGUGACAAACGUUUCGUCACCAAGCAGAGUUUGCAGUCCCACCAGGUCAUCCACUCGGACCUGAAGCCGUUCAUCUGUGGCGAGUGCGGAGCAGCCUUCAAGCUGGCCGUCUCCCUGAAGGGCCACCAGCGGGUUCACGCCGGGUACCAGUGUGACGCCUGCGGGGAGAUGUUCGCCACAGCGCUGAUCCGAGCCAAUCACAAGCGCAGCCACAAGUGGGUGGAUUCGCUGCGGCGCAACGAGCGUCUCCAGAAGCUCCAGAUGAUGUCCGCCGGACACGGUGUGGUUCCAGGACAGACUGGACCGUCCGCCGGACACGGUGUGGUUCCAGGACAGACUGGACCGUCCGCCGGACACGGUGUGGUUCCAGGACAGACUGGACCGUCYGCCGGACACGGUGUGGUUCCAGGACAGACUGGACCGUCUGCCGGACACGGUGUGGUUCCAGGACAGACUGGACCGUCUGCCGGACACGGUGUGGUUCCAGGACAGACUGGACCGUCYGCCGGACACGGUGUGGUUCCAGGACAGACUGGACCGUCGGCCGGACACGGUGUGGUUCCAGGACAGACUGGACCGUCUGCCGGACACGGUGUGGUUCCAGGACAGACUGGACCGUCCGCCGGACACGGGGAUCUAGCUGUGAAAAGAGAAUGGACUGAGUCAUGAUCAGAACCGGCCAGCUGGAUCCCCAAGGCUUCAUGUCUGCUGUUCGUCAGCCGGACCAACAGGAAGCUGAAGGAAGGUCAAAGGUCAUCUUGUCUUCAGGAAGAUUCUUCUGGUUUUUACUUGAAUUUUAAUAAUCAGAUUUCCUGCUGCAAAUAUUGAAGUUAUGUUUUUGUAGUUUUCAGAAUAAAGUUUUUGUUGAAUCAAA